GUGUCACUUUCCCUUCCGGGUCAGGACCUCAGCAAUUUCCAGUCUUGCGUACUGUGCUCGGAACGCGGCAGUGCCCCGCCCUCACCCCGUUGCCAGGGCGUCCGGCUGCCCCGAGCCGGCAAGGUCGGCCAGGAGAGGAGGUGUGGUGUCCCGGGCCGGCUGGGACUUGCACGCAGCCGGGCCGGCGGGACUACAGGAUGGGCUGAGGCGGCGGUGGUUCUCAGGACGAGGUCGACAGCGCGGCGAGACGGGCCACUCGGGUUGGGGCUGCACAGACUGCGUGUUUGAGGAGAGGGCAGGACGUAUGGGUGACUAGUGCUGAGGUGGGAGUCCCCACGCUUGGUGGACCGUGGCUCCUAACAAGGGACCCGCAGUGUUGUUAGCGGGACUUUUUAGUUUGGCUUCCAUUGUUCCUGAAAGGGGACCUCAAAUUGUAAAUCCCGUAUUCUAAAAGGAUGCCUGAGUUAAACGCAUAUCAGACCUCUUUUAUUUCUCAAUCCCGGUCUACACAAAAUGCUAGAUUAAUGAAGGACAUCCUGCGUUCUGGUGAAAGUUGGAGCUUCUUAGACAAUUUAAGAGUUCCCUCGAGCAGGCUCUGCUGUAGCCGGCACUCCUAGUUUUUGUUCUUAUAUCCGAAAGUAGGGGAUUAUCUCUAAGCAUUAUAGAGCUUGUAUAAUUGAAAGUGUGAACGUUUAACGUUUUCUUUCUUUAUUUCUGUGAAGUAGAAGCCAGGCUUGAAAAUGGAGAUGUAUGAAACCCUUGGAAAAGUGGGAGAGGGAAGUUAUGGAACGGUCAUGAAAUGCAAACAUAAGGACACUGGGCGAAUAGUGGCCAUUAAGAUUUUCUAUGAGAAACCAGAAAAAUCUGUCAACAAAAUUGCAACGAGAGAAAUAAAGUUUCUAAAGCAAUUUCGGCAUGAAAACCUGGUCAAUUUGAUUGAAGUUUUUAGACAAAAGAAGAAAAUUCAUUUGGUAUUUGAGUUUAUUGACCACACGGUCUUAGAUGAGCUGCAGCACUACUGUCACGGACUAGAGAGUAAGCGGCUGAGAAAGUACCUCUUCCAGAUCCUUCGCGCCAUUGAGUACCUGCAUAAUAAUAAUAUUAUCCAUCGAGAUAUAAAGCCUGAGAAUAUUUUAGUCUCCCAGUCAGGAAUUACGAAGCUGUGUGAUUUUGGGUUUGCGAGGACACUAGCAGCUCCUGGAGACGUUUACACAGACUACGUGGCCACACGCUGGUACAGAGCUCCAGAGCUGGUGUUGAAAGACACCUCCUACGGAAAGCCAGUGGACAUCUGGGCUUUGGGCUGUAUGAUCAUUGAAAUGGCCACUGGCCAUCCCUUCCUUCCUAGCAGUUCCGAUUUGGAUUUGCUCCACAAGAUUGUUUUAAAAGUAGGCAACCUGACCCCGCACCUGCACAAUAUCUUUUCCAAGAGUCCCAUCUUUGCUGGGGUGGUUCUUCCUCAAGUUCAACACCCAAAAACCGCAAGAAAGAAAUACCCCAAGCUCAAUGGAUUGCUGGCAGAUAUAGUUCAUGCUUGUUUACAAAUUGAUCCUGCUGAGAGGACAUCAUCUACUGAUCUUUUGCGUCACGAUUACUUUACUAGAGAUGGAUUUAUUGAGAAAUUCAUACCAGAGCUGAGAGCUAAAUUAUUACAGGAAGCAAAGGUUAAUUCAUUUAUAAAGCCAAAAGAGAAUUUUAAAGAAAAUGAACCUGUGAGAGAUGAGAAGAAAUCAGUUUUUACCAACACCCUGCUCUAUGGAAAUCCAUCACUUUAUGGCAAGGAAGUGGACAGAGACAAAAGGGCCAAGGAGCUCAAAGUCAGAGUCAUUAAGGCCAAAGGGGGCAAAGGAGAUGUCCCAGACCAGAAGAAGCCAGAGUAUGAAGGCGACCACCGCCAGCAGGGCACAGCUGAUGACACACAGCCCUCAUCACUGGACAAGAAGCCUUCUGUCUUGGAACUGACAAACCCUCUCAAUCCCAGUGAGAAUUCUGACGGUGUCAAAGAAGACCCACACGCUGGGGGUUGUAUGAUAAUGCCACCUAUCAACCUGACAAGCAGUAAUUUGUUGGCCGCAAAUCUCAGUUCAAACCUUUCCCACCCCAAUUCACGGUUAACUGAAAGAACAAAAAAGAGACGCACUUCUUCACAAACUAUUGGACAGACUUUGUCUAAUAGCAGACAAGAGGACACAGGUCCCACACAAGUCCAAACAGAGAAAGGUGCAUUUAAUGAGCGAACAGGUCAGAAUGACCAAAUAUCGAGUGGGAACAAAAGAAAGCUGAAUUUUCCCAAAUGCGACAGGAAAGAAUUCCAUUUCCCUGAACUGCCAUUCACAGUGCAGGCGAAGGAGAUGAAAGGGAUGGAAGUUAAACAGAUAAAAGUGCUGAAGAGAGAAUCAAAGAAAACAGAUUCAUCUAAAAUACCAACUUUACUUAGUAUGGACCCAAAUCAAGAAAAACAAGAGCAGGUUUCCACUGUUUGCAACAUCUUUCCUGUUUGGUACAAGAGAAGCAACCUCAACUGGCCAUCCUGACCUCCCACUGGGUCAACCCCCACACUCUGCAGAGAUCUUGCUUCUCUAAAGGUAGAGUCCGACCCAUCCCACUUGAAAGGGCUCAUGACUUCCACCCACUAGAGCACAGGGAGAUCGCUGACACUGGGAGUUCUGAGAUUUGGUCAGAGAAAACAGUACAGCCUCCAGCUGGUCAGCUGAAAAUCUUUGAUCCCAGAUCCCAUUAAAUAAAACAGAGUCUGACUUUUCAAACCACUCAGCUGUUGGAAAACUAAGCCAUAGAGAGUGGUCGUGUCAGGGCACUGGCAGCCCUUGUUUGGGGGUCAUCAAGCCUCAAGUGCUGAUAGAUCUCAGAUGUGACAUCAUUGCAGGCUUAACUCUUCCCAAGGAAGCCCCAAAUAAACACGGAACAGGAGAAGCCAUCCCUACAGUGCUGCGUGUGAAUUCCUGCCCAUAGACUCCAGUGUGCACAAUAAACUGGUAGUUAUUUUAUACCAGUAGGUUGGAGCAGUCUGUUACAUAGCUAUCAAAGUAAAAGCCCUAUUGUCUUCAGUACUACCAGAAAGUGCACAGUAAGGACGAGAAACGAACAAGCAUGGUGCCUCACGCCACUGAUCCCAGGACUCAGGCGGAGGCAAGAAGUUUAUUCAUGAGUUUGAGGCCACCUUGGGACACAGAGUAAGACAGUCUCAAAAAGGAAAACAACAACAACAAAUACAUACAGAUGAGUAAAGGCAAGGGUGGCAGAGACUGUUACAAAAUAAAAAUUAAAAAAGCUAUAAACUGAAAGUUAGUAAAACUAUGAAUAAAAACUAGAAAUUCAUACAACCUCCUGCUCAUUGCUUGGCUUUGGCAAUGAGAUACAUCAGUGAACGAAAGUGACAUUAUUAUGUUUCUACAUUUAUAUAGUUGGUUGGUAUUGGGGUGUGGAGGUCAGAGGCCUCUCCUUCCAUCCUGAGUUCCUCUGCUUGGCAGCAAGUGUCCACAAGGUAUGCCCUUCUAUGGGCCUAAUUUUUUGUUUUUGUUUUGUUUUAUAUUUAUUUGUUUGAGACAAAUCUGGUCUAGAACUUGUUGUAUAUAGCAGAGGAUGGCCUUGAACUCCUAAUCCCCUUGCCUCUACCUCCAAAGUGCUGCAAUUACAGGCCUAUACCACUCUACCUGUUCAGAUGCCAUUGUUUUGCUCCAAGUCAGACCAAACUAUUGCAAGAAGUCAGUGCAGUACAAGGAACACCAGGGGAGCUCGACCUCUGACCCUAGGUGACAUUAUUGCAUCACUGUUUUUUCAGCCUCAGUGCAGUAAUUAUUGGAAUCUGUAUUUCCUAUAUUAUAUGUAUAUAUAAAGCACACAAAGAUAAAAGGACUCUAAUUUGUUUUAAAACAGAGAUGUGGGAGGGUUGGGUAUGAGUGGAAUGAGAUUGACAUGUGUCGAUAACUGCUGAAACCCAACAGUGGCUCAUAGUGUGGAUCUCAUUACCAUCUGUACUCUAUGCCCUUGGACUCCCAUAAGAGAAGUGGGAGGACUCACUCUUUGCUACCCCUCUCUUCCAGACCUGGGUUUGUGCUAACUGGUACCUACUUCAUAGAUCUGAACACGCCCCUUCUGCCAGCCCGAGGCUCCCUGAUACCCCCUACUCUAGUAUGGAGGCUUUCUCAUAUGGAAGCAGACUAGCAGAGGAAAACGUGUUCUUGGCUAGUGCUCAAUAUACUCCUCAAAUUAGCAUAAGUUUUGGUGGCUAGAAAUCCCCUAGGACAGAAAUGUCUUCCUUGGCAGCGCCUAUUGAGUGCUAGGAAUACCGGGGCCAUCAGCAAAUGUUUGCAUUUGAUUAAGAAAUCUAAACUGAACAAAGUGGCUCACGCCUGUAAAUCCUAGCACUAGGGUGGUAGAGGCUGGAGGGUCAGGGGAGUGGGUGUGAGUAGCUGUCAUUUCAGGGUUAAUCCCCCAGUUUGCUUUGAAUGUUAAACAGUGUUUAGUUUUCGGUCUUGAAAUACAUCUGUCAGCAGAAAGAUAGACAAAUGGGCUGCGUGUUGCUAUGCAGAAGACGCGCUUUGGAAGAUUCUCCUUUUGCCUGUGGAUCCUUUCUCCCCUAAAGAAAGCUAUUAACUCAUGCUGCAGCCGGCUGCUCUUGCUUGGUUUUGGCUAUGUCACCGAGCCCAAAAUAGAAAGUUCUUUUACUGCAGAGCAAAGCAGGAGGUUUAAAUUUGUCAAUUCAAGAACAAAGGGUAGCAUUAUGCUGGCUUUUCUAGGAGAGUGAGUAGAGAGAGAGAAUGCCUGUUUCACUAGGAGUGAUCUGACACUGGCAGGGGCUGGGACCAGGAGACAAUCUUCCACUGUGGUCAGCUGGGCACAGUUCCCACCCUGCUCCCCUCGAAGCCUCCCCUGACAACAUCACUUCUUUCAGGACAAGGGGAAGCAGCUGAGCCACUGUGAAAUGGGUUCCAGAAGUCACUGGCGCUAUCAGACUGGGAACAAUUCUCAGAACCACAAACCUGUUCCCAGCUUUGAGAGGAAAUCAGUACCUGGCCACAGAGCCGGAGAGGGUUACCUUUUGUUGGUGAGAUGAUCAAAAUGGCUUCCAUGAUCCUUUUGUGAGGAAGAGUGUGAGAAAGUGUAUAUCCUCUUACUGGAGGAGGUGCAAACUGCUCUCUCUGUCUGAGAGUGGCCCAACAACCUGACUGUCAGGCCAGAGAAACAUGAACACCGGAGGAGAGCAUCUCAAGGGUUGAGUCUAGAGCUAGUGCAAGUGCAGGAGAUGUGGUGAUAUCACAGACGUGCAAAGCCAUGGAUAUGGUGUUUGUUCACUCAUGGGAGCACGAGGGGAGGAUGAACCUUGGUGCCUUUAUGAUUUGGAUCACCUUGGAUCCAUCAACAGGAAUAACCUGGAGCCGUGUGUAGUGAUAUGGACGGACUUUAGUCAGUUCAUGAUAACCACAGAAAAAGUCCUCAACGGUUAAACAAAAUCAGUCUUUAGGAAUAUGUGUAGGGGCUGGGAUGGCAGUCAGCCAAGGGCACUGACUGCUCUCCCAGAGCUCAUCCAGGGUGCAGAUCCCAGCACAUAUAUGGCAACUCACAACCAUCUGUACUCCAAGAUCUGACACUCUCGCACAGACAUACAUGCAGGCAAAACAUCAAUGCACAUAAAAUAAAGGUAAAUAAAUAAAAAUUUUAAAAUAAUAUAGAAACAAUGAAACCACAUAAAAAUUAAAGCAAGGAAAUGAAACUCUAGGGUCAGUAGGAGAGGGAGAUGACAGGCUAUGGUUAAAGAUUGGUUACUGAUUACAUUAUUAAAUUAAUAAAUGUAUUACCUAAGUCAACAAGAUCUGGACCAUCCGCUUGCCAACCAUGAGAAUGUGUUAUGAGUCAAGGAUUAUGGUGCAAUUCUGCAUAACUAAUAUUAGCAAAGCAACAGCAGGGCAGAGAUGUUCCACUCCCAAGUAUCUGUCUUGAAGAGAUAGUGCCAAAGACACAAACUUAUGAGCAAGGACAUUUGUCACUGUAUACAGAAAUCAAAAUAGGAAACAAUUUAAGGGCCAAUGUAAUGCAUUAUGAAUUAUAUAAAUAUCAACAUGUUAGAAAACUAGGUAGUAGCUGGAAUUAUGAUUGUCACACUGUAACCAAGUACACAAGGAAGUCCAUGAUCCAUGAAAUGAAUAAAUGACCCAUUAAUGUAGCAGGUUCUACAAUAUGAACUCAACUUUCAACUUCCCAAGUAUAUAGACAAAUGCAUAUACUGGGAAGGGGGCCACAGUGGCACAUCCCUGUCAUUCCGGCACUGAGAGGCUGAGAUGGGACCAUUACAUGUUUGAGGUAAGCCUGGUCUAUAUAGAGAAACCCCACUUUAAAACAAGGAAAAACCCAAACAGACAAAUAAAUAAAAACUAGAAAAAAAAAGACACUACUCUGUGUGUGUGUGCGUGUGUGUGUGUGUGUGUGUGUGUGUGUGUAUGUGUGUGUGUGUGUUUGCAUAUGCAAUGUGUGUUUGGUGUAUGUGUAUGGGUUUUUUUUGAGACUUUGUCUCAAAAUAAUGUGAAUAACAGCUUAUGUAGAUGGAGUACCAGCUACAUGCUAAGAGCUUCACAUGGAGCUUUAUUUAAUGCAUAUACGUGUUUCCCUGUGUGCGCGUAUUCACGCGCACCCAUGCAGGUGCCCUUAGAGUCCAAAUCUCCUGGAGCUAGACUUGCAGUCAAUUUGUGCUGUCUUGUACAGGUUCUGGGAAGAGCAGUAUAUGCUUUUAGCCCCUGAGUCAUCUCUCUAGCCUAGGCCAUUUGUUUAUUUAUUAGUUGUAACUUUGGCUGUCCUGGGACUCAUAAUAUAGUCAGGCUGUCCUCAAAAAUCCCAGCGAUCUACCUUCCUCGUGCUGGGAUUAGAGGAGUUCACCACUAUACCCAGCCAGGCCAUUUAUUUACAAAGUAGCCUAACUCCGUGAGGAUGGUGCUGCAGAGGAACUGUUGAAAUUUAUAAAUUAAAUAACCUUCAGAACAUAGAGAUCAUUUUUUUAAAGUGCCGUGAACAUGGCUUAUAGGGGCUUUCAAAGUAUAGGUCUGCUAGGAUUCAGUCUCCAAGAUCCAAAAAUGGCUACAUCACAGAGUGGUCUCUGUGAGAACAGAGCUGAGAGCUAAGCAGCCUUAUGGGGAACCUGAAGCCCGCACAAAAAUCCCUAGGGUGUCUGAGAGUACACACAAGGCAGCUAACCAGCAAAAGCAGGAAGGACAGACGUGAGAGGUCAGAACACUCCUGCCUCUGGAGGGGUCUGAUGAGCCCGUGAGGAAAAGGGUUAGGCUUGGAGGGCUAAGAUGUUUUAUUCACGGUUUGGCCAGCUCUGACUCCCACCAACUGUUGAAGGACUGGCUUCCAAAGUCUUCAGACGAGAGGAGGAGGGUGGUACAGCCACGAGACAGAGCCAAGGGGCGUAGCUGCGGUCUCUUCUCAUCUCUCAUGCUUUAAAUAUAAGCUCUGAUGUGAUCGAGGCACCGGAGAUAAAAUGCCUUUCUCAAACUAAGCAGGCAGGAUCUGGUGUCCACUUUGGACAACAUAGUGGAAAAUGAACUUGGGGGCAGAGGGGAGGGGCUGGGAAUGUCUUGGCCUCAGUACUUGCACACAAGGGUUGAGAAAUUUGACACCUUAACAUUGUAAACAAAUGUAGACAUGGUUUCCUGUGUUCUCUCCAACCAGUGAGAAGAGACUAGGUGUGACUUAAGAGAGAAUGCAUUUUUAACAGUUCUUUUCUUCUCGGCUAAAGAAGUCCCGGUUAUCCUUCACCAUGGAGCUCACGCAUCAGCUUCUGCAGAAAGACUUCCCAAAUGUCACCAAGCAGCGUCCUCACUCUUGAGAGCAGGAUUAAUAAAUUAUUUGUUUUACCUGA